UCCACAACUACAAGUCUUUCAUUAGUAUCCAUGAAGAGCUUCAUGGAACCCCGACUGUGGGUUCUGGUGGCUCUCGUCACCACCUUCGCUGCCACGGCAAAUGCCGAUUCCACGUGGAAGCCCGACUUGCCACUUCCACAUCUUCCUUAUCUUUACAGCUCACCAUCGCCGCCACCAGUGUACGUUUACAGCUCACCGCCUCCACUACCUUACAAGUAUGAAUCCCCUCCUCCGCCGCCUUACAAAUACAAAUCACCACCACCGCCACCUUACAAAUAUGAGUCGCCUCCACCGCCACCCUACAAAUACAAAUCACCACCACCUCCUCCUUACAAGUAUGAGUCUCCACCACCACCACCUUACAAAUAUGAAUCCCCUCCUCCGCCACCUUACAAAUACAAAUCACCACCACCACCUCCUUACAAGUAUGAGUCUCCACCACCACCACCUUACAAGUAUGAGUCUCCUCCUCCGCCACCGUACAAAUACAAAUCACCACCACCGCCUCCUUACAAAUAUGAGUCUCCACCACCACCACCUUACAAGUACAAGUCCCCUCCUCCCCCGCCAUACAAAUAUGAAUCUCCACCGCCACCACCUUAUAAGUAUGAAUCACCUCCUCCCCCACCAUACAAAUAUAAGUCACCACCACCUCCUCCCUAUGUGUACAAAUCUCCCCCGCCACCGCCUUACAAGUAUGAAUCACCACCACCACCACCCUACAAAUACAAGUCUCCCCCGCCACCAUCUUACAAGUACGAAUCACCUCCACCACCACCCUACAAGUACAAAUCACCACCGCCGCCGCCUUACAAGUAUGAAUCACCACCACCUCCGCCAUACAAAUACGAGUCUCCACCACCACCGCCAUACAAGUACAAGUCACCUCCACCACCGCCAUACAAAUAUGAAUCUCCACCACCACCACCAUACAAAUAUAAGUCACCACCACCUCCUCCUUAUGUGUACAAAUCUCCCCCACCACCACCUUACAAGUACGAAUCACCUCCUCCACCACCCUACAAAUACAAAUCGCCACCACCACCUCCUUACAAAUACGAGUCACCUCCACCACCGCCAUACAAAUACGAAUCUCCACCACCACCUCCAUAUGUUUACAAGUCUCCACCACCACCUCCCUACAAGUAUGAAUCGCCUCCACCUCCACCCUACAAAUACGAAUCCCCACCACCACCGCCAUACAAGUACGAGUCACCUCCACCACCGCCAUACAAAUAUGAAUCUCCACCACCACCUCCAUAUAUUUACAAGUCUCCACCGCCACCACCAUACAAGUACGAGUCACCUCCACCACCGCCAUACAAAUAUGAAUCUCCACCACCACCUCCAUAUGUUUACAAGUCUCCACCACCACCUCCCUACAAGUACGAAUCGCCUCCACCUCCACCAUACAAGUACGAGUCUCCACCACCUCCUCCAUAUCUUUACAAGUCUCCUCCACCACUGCCAUACAAAUACGAAUCUCCACCACCACCUCCCUACAAGUAUGAAUCGCCUCCACCUCCACCCUACAAAUACGAAUCCCUACCACCACCUCCAUAUGUUUACAAGUCUCCACCGCCACCACCAUACAAGUACGAGUCACCUCCACCACCGCCAUACAAAUAUGAAUCUCCACCACCACCUCCAUAUGUUUACCAGUCUCCACCACCACCUCCCUACAAGUACGAAUCGCCUCCACCUCCAACAUACAAGUACGAGUCUCCACCACCUCCUCCAUAUCUUUACAAGUCUCCUCCACCACCACCAUACAAAUACGAAUCUCCACCACCACCUCCAUAUGUGUACAAGUCUCCACCACCACCUCCCUACAAGUAUGAAUCGCCUCCACCACCACCCUACAAAUACGAGUCUCCACCACCCCCGCCAUACAAGUACGAGUCACCUCCGCCACCGCCAUACAAAUACGAAUCUCCACCACCACCUCCAUAUGUUUACAAGUCUCCGCCACCACCACCCUACAAGUAUGAAUCGCCUCCACCUCCACCUUACAAGUACGAGUCUCCACCACCACCACCAUACAAGUACGAAUCACCACCACCACCUCCAUAUCUUUACAAGUCUCCACCACCACCCCCUUACAAGUAUGAAUCACCUCCACCACCACCCUACAAAUAUGAGUCACCGCCACCUCCACCUUACGUAUACAAGUCUCCACCACCCCCUUACAAAUAUGAAUCACCUCCACCUCCACCUUACAAAUACGAGUCACCACCACCUCCUCCAUAUCUUUACAAGUCCCCUCCACCACCACCCUACAUAUACAAUUCACCACCACCUCCUCCAUAUGUUUACAAAUCUCCACCACCACCACCACCCUACCUUUACAAAUCACCUCCACCCCCAUCUUACCUUUACAAAUCUCCACCACCUCCACCAAUCAAGUACUAAUCACCUCACUCCCAUCAUACAUCUCCCCAUCACCCCAUUCACCUUCAUCCAAUUUGUUAUCAUAUCUCUUCACAUCCUUCAUUGUAUUAUUUAUUUACCAAAACCAUCAUCAUUAUUCCAUUCAAACAAACCUUGGUUCUUUUCUGUUUGCUUCAUCAUUAAUAUUGUCAAGAUAAAGGUCUCACCUCUCUUCUAGUAUCCAUAAUGCUCAGCAUCCUAUCAAGGAGUUGCGGACAAAAAAGAGUCAGAUGAUCAAUGUUUGCCGAUCUUUUUCUUUGAUCUUAAUUGUAACUUGUGUUUUUCAUGUACUUUAUAUAUUAAUGUCCA